AUGGAAAGCAAGAAAGCCAAAUACAAACAGAUCAAUGCCAAAUAUGAGCAAAUCAAAGCAAAGUACAAGCAAAUAAAAGCCAAGUACGAGCAAAUAAAAGCCAAACAUGAGCAGAUACCUGCCAAUAGAGGUUUUGAGUAUUGUGCACUGGACAGCGACAGACUAAAUACCAUUAGGGCACGACUGAAGAAACUUAAGACAAUUUUUAGUGAUGAGAUAUCUAUGGUAAGAAGUGGCAUGUUUAACUGUUUGAAUGCAAGACUACAACGAAUAAUGGGAACAAAAGAGCUAUUGGUUGGAAUUAGUUUAAUAACUGUUGGAGAUCUUUUCCAGUUAAAACCAGUUUUUGAUAAGUGGAUCUUUGAAAAUUCUGCGAUAGGCUUCAAUAAAGCUCAGAUAAAGGCUGUGGACAUCGUAGUUAGGGAUAUUAAUGAUGAUCUGAAACAACAAAUGAAAAACAAAAUCCCAGAAGAUCCUACAAAGACAAUGGGUUUAUAUUCACUUGUGUCUGUGGCAACUAUGGCAAAAUAUGACUUGACAACUAAUAUUAAUGUGACUGAUGGACUCACUAAUGGUGCAGAAUGUAUGAUAGAGAACAUAGACCACAGAGUAGAAAAUUCCACUAGACCAAGUAUUAUUUGGGUAUCAUUUCCACAUCCCAAAAUAGGCAAAAAGCUGCGCAGAGAAUAUGCACAUUUGUAUAAGAGAAGCAUAAAUAAAAACUGGACACCAGUUUUAGAACUUACAAAACAAUUCCGGAUUAAUAAAAAAAGUCAAGUGCAAGUUCUUCGACGGCAAUUUCCUCUUAGACCUGCUGCUGCCAAGACUGUUCAUCGUUGUCAAGCUGAUUCAUUAGAUGAAGCAGUUGUUGACUUUCCAGCAUCCACAAGGGAGCAUAUGCAUUAUGUUGGGUUAAGCCAAGUAAGAAACAGUUCUGCACUACAUGUUCUCAAUUUGAAUGAAAAAAAAAUCAAGGUUAGUGAGAAAGUUAAAGAUUAA